AUCGUUUCUCUCCCCGUAAGCCGUUUGAAUCAGGAUGACAGACACCAAGACAAUAGCAGUUGAGCCAGGCAAUGUGAAUCCCUCUUACGAGAUAGACCCAGAUGGCGACGUUACCUUGGUGGUCCACGACAUCCCUCGGGGUCUCCCCGCAGGCUUGAAGGACAUACCGUUAGACCUUCUCGCUGGCAAUACAAAGCCACAAGAAUCAACCACAGCGAAAGAGAAGGAUUCAAAAACUACAGAAAAUGCGGACUCGGCUGCGCGGCAUCUUCGGCUUCGCGUCUCCUCCAAGCAUCUGUCCCUUGCUUGUCCACACUUUGCGCGAAUGUUCAGGAGCGAACUCCGAGAGGGCAUUGAACUGCGAAAUAAUGGAAGGUUGGAGCUGGAAGUUGAUCAGCGAUCUGGAACCGCGGUCUUACUGCUCAUGUUGGUGAUCCAUGGUCGUACAAGACAAGUCGUCGAUGUGAUGUUGCAGUCACAGGCCAGACUACAGGGAUUAGACCUGGAUGCUCCAGAAUUUCGUGGACUUCAUCCGAAUAGAUGGACCUGCUAAACAAUACAUUGGCCUCUUGCUCUGUCUACUUGCUAUCGGAGCAAGAUAUAGACCUUUGAGCCGUUAGUGGCUGUUUCAAUCUACCAUGCCCGCAAAUGUAUUUAUUUUACACCAUCUUUAAGCGCCCAGGCUUCUCCUGCACACGCUAUAACACUCCAAGAUACAACUAUGGCUUUGUCUGAUAUUAGUCGCGGCCAUGUCCCACAUUAAAUCAACCAGGCACCGACUGCGCUGUGAAGGCCCAGAGUUUUAGAACCCGUCAACCGUGUUAAAGCUUUUUCAAACUACAAUCCAUUCUCCCCGGUUUCAAUCUCAACUGGGAAAGGUAAAUAAC